UGAAACCUCAGGGUUUCCGGAAUGCCUACGACAUUCCCAGAAUGCACCUCCUGGAUCAGCUGAGCCGCAUGAGGAGGAACCUGCUCAGCACCACCUGUCUGCUCCGAGGACAGGACACAGACCAGCUGCACAGUGUGCCCAUCGCCCAGAUGGGGAACUACCAGGACUUCCUCAAAGCCCUUCCCCAACCCCUCAGAGACGCAGACCCUGAACAGCCCAAACGCCUGCACACCUUCGGGAACCCCUUCAAACUGGACAAGAAGGGGAUGAUGAUUGACGAGGCCGAUGAGUUUGUGACGGGUCCCCAGAACAAGGGCAAGCGUCCGGGGAGUGACUCCAACAUGCACGGGAUCGGGGGUGGGUGUCCUAAGAGACGGCGGUGCAUGUCUCCUCUACUGCGCCCCGGCAGAGCCUAUUCGCCCCCCGUCAGCCCUGCAGCCAGCCCCUUCAGACCCCCCCUCACUGAGAGUGACCAGAGUGAGUCAGACUCAGAGGCUGUGUUUGGGAACCUCUACAACCCAGAGACGUGUGAGACCGGGACAACGGUCCAACCAGGAGAGAUCCUCUCUGGAACCCUUCUAGACGGCCCCGGCCCAGAGAACCGCAUGGAGGAUGAUGCUGAUGGGGACACUGAGGAGGAGAACGGGCUUCCCAGGGAGGUGGAGCUCUCAGAGGGCAGUGAGGAUGGAGGAGAGACGGGGGGUGUGGUGGAGGAGCAGCGCCCGGCCCGGUACCCCUCCCCCGGGGAACUGAAGAAGGUGAUGAACAGCGAGAGUCUGGAGGUCAACACCGAACUACGAGCCCUCAUCACCAAGGAGAUACGGAAACCCGGGAGACACUAUGAAAAGAUCUUCUAUUUCCUGAAGCAGAUCCAAGGAAGUUUUGACACACGGUUGAUAUUCCUCCAGAACAUUAUAAAAGAGGCUGCCAGGUUCAAGAAGCGGGUGCUGAUAGAACAGCUGGAGAACUUUCUAGAAGAGAUACAUAACAGGGCCAACAAUAUGAACCACCUGGAAGGGUUCUAAUGGACAACUCUUCACUCCCCGGCCCCUCAGACCUAACCCCUCCUCCCCACUCCACCCUCCACCCCCUCAGCCCUCAACCUACAGCCCUUACCCAGGCUGAAAUAUUCCUAUAGAGAAGGGGGAUAUACAGUGUAUUAACUAACCCAAGCAAUGAAAUGAGUGCUGUUGGCCUGUCUGUCUCUGUCAGUGUAUACGGUGUGACGCGUGUCUCAUCAGUGAUGGUAUGGUGAACUGAUAUCGCUAAGGGAGGGGGGUUCAAAUUAGAUUGUAAAAAGUUUCCAACAACCUCAGGGCCAAAAGAGGAACACUGAUGUUUUGGGUCUCAAGUUAAUCUUUAGGUGGCUUCAUGUUUGUUUCCAUUCUCUCUUUCUCGUCAUCGCCCUCUCUCUUUCUCGCCCUCUCUCUUUCUCGUCAUCGCCCUCUCUCUUUCUCGUCAUCGCCCUCUCUCUCUCUCGU